UCACGUGACUCUAAAGUGACAUCUGCGUUCUACUCAGCAGCUUCCUGUUCGUCACGUGAUAUCUUGUGCAGGCUUCCGCUAGAUGCAUUGCUCGGGCGAGCCAGACAUGAACUCAAGCGUGACUACCCUCAACCUAGACGGCAUUGACGGCAGCAGUGAUUCGGUGAGCUUCGACUCGACCACGAGGUUGAAGACGUCGCCCAAGUCUCGUCGUCGUGGGGCAGAAGGCGGACGCUCGGGGAAAGUCGACUGCGCGGACACCGCUGACGACGCCACCGACCAGCUAAUCCAGAACCCGAGGUGGACACGCUCUCAGUGGGCCAAGGAGCACCAGAGGAUGCUGGUCGCGGUGUUUCUGGUGGGCUUCCUGUUCAUUGUGGUGGUGGGCACCGCUUACUUCUUCGACGGUCAGCCCGACGACUCGGUCUACUUACGGGCCGUGUUGGAGGCCGCAGCGGCAUCGGCGGCGGCGAACGGAAGUUCCAGCAAUGCUAGUCCGCUUUAGUAACGACACUUUGUCGCUAGGGAA